ACGAACGCGCAGUGGCGCUCGUGACGUCAGGCGCGUGCGAUUAUUUUGAACGGGGUCAAGAUGGCGGAGGAGAGCGGCGUAAAGCACCGGAAUCACACCGGACAGAGCUGCACCGCGAGCCGACAUAACGAAGGGGUCUCUGGGGUGGAGAUGAGCUGCUCUGAUCCGGAGGCGUCUGGAGCCGUGCAGAUCGUCAUCGCAGACGAGGAGCAUCACCAGUUCUCUCUGGACGAGGAGGCGCUGGAGCAGAUCCUGCUGCAGGAGCGUGUGAGGGAUCUCCAUGUGGUGGUGGUGUCUGUAGCUGGAGCCUUCCGCAAGGGCAAGUCCUUCCUGCUGGACUUCAUGCUCAGAUACAUGUACAGCCAGGACUCAGACGCGUGGCUGGGUGGGAACAACGAGCCGCUGACGGGCUUCACCUGGAGGGGCGGCUGUGAGCGCGAGACCACCGGCAUUCAGGCCUGGAGCCACGUGUUUGUGGUGGAGAAACCAGACGGCAGCAGGGUGGCUGUGCUGCUUCUGGACACGCAGGGAGCGUUUGACAGUCAGUCCACCGUCAAAGACUGCGCCACACUGUUCGCCCUCAGCACCAUGACCAGCUCCGUACAGGUCUAUAACUUGUCCCAAAACGUUCAAGAAGACGAUCUGCAGCAUCUUCAGGUGAGACGUGACAGAAAAACACACUUAAAACGGCUGAAUUCGCUGAUGUUUCUCAUUCGAGACUGGAGUUACCCGUACGAACACGCUUACGGUCUGGAUGGAGGAAAUAAGUUCCUGGAGAAGAGGCUGCAGGUCAAACAGAAUCAGCACGAAGAGCUGCAGAACGUCAGGAAGCACAUCCACUCCUGCUUCUCCAGCAUCAGCUGCUUCCUGCUGCCGCACCCCGGCCUCAAAGUGGCCACCAACCCACACUUCGACGGCCGCUUGCGAGGUGAGAGCGCUGCUUGAAGCAGUGUUUCUGCUGAUGACGGGAGAAUACUAGCUCCAGCAAAACAGACACUACUUUUGAAUUCAGCACUCAAAAUUAAUAAGAAACAAGUGUUGGGUUUCCGCAAAU